UGACGCGGACCAUGUAAGAAUAAUGCACUAAAUCAGAAAACUCUUAAACAUUACGUGCUUAACUCUAGACACAAAAUGUUCGGUGUUUUUUUGCCAAUUUUGUGUCUCCUGUUUUCCAAAACGUUGCAAGAAAAAUACAUUUUAAACAACCAGAAAUGUAAAAUCCCAGAUUUGGAAAUUAUGAACAAAGAUGUUAGAGAUAUAAUAUUGCCAAAAUCCUACGUCCCUUGCAACAAAACCGAACUUUUGACCCAUGUGACCAAAAACGGAACCAAAUUUGAGUUACACCUGAGACAGGAUUUAUUUCCUCAAUACUCCACUCAAAACAUUACGUGUUGUUAUUCCUACGUAACGAGAAACGGAUCAGUUGAACUCCCUGAUGUUGGUAUCAGUAUUUCACCGUGUGUUUCUUUCCACGAAAAAAUAGUUUUAGAGCAAAAUAUAGUGAAAGUCGUUUGUCGCGAAAAUAAUGAAUCAGUGGUUUACGAAAACGUGCACGUCACUAUCAAACCCCCAAAACCACUCAAAAACACGUCCCAACAAUUCAGCGUUUUGCUUCUAAUAAUUGACAGUAUUUCUCGCCUCAAUUUCCACCGAACAAUGCCAGAAACCGCAAAUUUCCUCAAAAAAAGCAACUUUGUCGAAAUGAAAGCCUACUCAAAAGUGGCAGAUAACUCGUUCCCCAAUUGCUUGGCCCUCCUGACUGGGUUUUCGCUAAACCAGUCGCACCCACACUGUGAUGGCACCAAGGUGGGUGCACUAGACAAAUGUCCCAUUAUUUGGAAGGACUUUCGCCAACAUGGGUACACCACAGCCUACGCUGAAGACUCAAUCGUUCCAACAUUCAAUAUUAAGAAAAAAGGCUUCACGGACCCACCAACAGAUUUCUACUUCAAACCCUACAUGGAGGCCACCCAAACCCUCAAAACCCAGUUUCGACACUCUAUACCUUCCUGCUCAGGCCCUGAAGGUGACAGUGAACGCAUCCUGAACCUAGCCAAAGAUUUUGCCAUCACUUUUAAACACAAUCCCAGUUUUGGCAUUUUCUGGAUGAACACUUUCAGUCAUGACGAUGUCAAUGACCCUUUUGCCAUGGACGUGAAAGUGAGGGAUUUUUUCCGGGAUUUGGACGAAGCUGGGAUUUUGAAAGAAAGCUUCGUUUUUUUGUUAAGUGACCACGGGAUUAGGUAUGGGUCAAUUUUGGAAACCAACAGCGGAUGGCUGGAGGAACGAACGCCACUGGACAUGAUCUCAGUUCCGGCAAAAUUCAAGCGGGAGUUUGGCCGCGAGUACGAGAAUUUGAAACAAAACUCGGGGAAAUUUACAAACCCUUAUGAUAUGUUCAUGACUUUACAACACAUUUUAGCACUGGGGGGCGUCUGGCAUAAAGUUAAGCCAAGUCAAGGGUGUCCCAACUGUGUUUCGCUUUUUGACCCAAUUCCCGAUAGGUCCUGCCAGGAGGCGGCCAUUCCGUUUGAAUGGUGUCCCUGUUUUGGGCGUUUUAAAUCACUAAAUAAGAAGAUAGUUUCAAAUGCGGUUAACUACACAUUAGCAAAAGCUAAGGAAACGGUUUUCAAACUAUGUAAAACUGACAAGUUUGCAUUUUAUUUGGUUUCAGUAAGUGUCUCGGAACCUGACCAUGAAAAAAACAAGUUACUUUUCGUGGUUUUCUACCUUAAACGUAACACCGUUUUGGCAACAGUUAAAUUCAAGGAUGUUGUCUCGGAAAAGUCGCAGUUCUAUUUCAGGUUUAUGUUUUUCUACAAACUCUGUGAGAGUGUUGAUUAUGUAUGAUUAACUAAGAUACAAAUAAAAUAAGAAUUUUAAGUAUAUAAUUGCGCUAUUGUUUGUUGUGCUGGAUUGUUUUUAUUCAAAACGUACGCUCAAAAUAUAUCUGUUAGAACGAAUUUUAUUUACUUGU